GAGGCGGGACCGGGCAGAGGCCCCGCCCCCUCAACGCAAGAUGGCGGCCAAGGUCUCUCUGCUGAGGCGGAGCCGCUGCCGAGGCUGCUUGCUCGGGGCUCUGCUGGGCGACUGCCUAGGCGGCGGCUUUGAGGCGCGGGAGUCGGUCAGCGCGGCCGAGCUGCUCCGCUUCGUGCGUGCCCUGCCGUCGCCGCCCCGGGGAGGCUCUGCCGCGGAGCCGGGCGAGGAGAGCAGCGGCGGCGGCGGAAAGUCGGAAGGCGGGCGGGUUUCGAGUGAGCAGAGCGGGACGGCCUGGGGAUCCAGUGGGUGGCUGCCUCGGGGUCUGGGCGAGAUCCUUCCCCUCCCCCACAAGGGUGACUCGAAAAUCCUCUGUUACAGUGAUGACACAGCCUUGGCCCACUCGCUAGUUAGGUCACUAUUGGCCACGAAAGAUUUUGAUGAAGUGGAUAUGGCAAAGAGGUUCGCUGAAGAAUAUGACAAGGAUCCUGACCGAUCCUAUGGAGGCGGCGUGGUGACUGUCUUCAAGAAACUGCUUAGUCCUAAAUGCCGGGAUGUGUUUGAGCCAGCAAGGCAGCAGUUUAACGGGAAAGGUUCCUAUGGGAACGGUGGUGCCAUGAGAGUAGCAGGCAUUUCAUUAGCUUACUCCGAUGUUCAAGAUGUAAAGAAGUUUGCUAAACUGAGUGCCGAGCUGACCCACGCAAACUCCUUGGGCUACAACGGCGCCAUCUUGCAAGCCUUGGCGGUCCAUUUUGCCCUCCGCGGGGAGUCAGAUCGGUACAAGUUUUUGGAUCAGCUAAUAGGCCAAAUGGAAGAUGUGGAAGCGGACGAUAAGUCUGUGGCUGAUGCACGCAUGCUGGGGUACGAGGAUCGUCCCUUUUCCAAGCGUUUGAAGAAGAUCAAAGAGUUUUUGGAACAGGGCAGUGUGUCCAGGUCAGACGUGCUACUAGAAUUAGGCAAUGGCAUUGCAGCCCUGCAUUCUGUCCCCACGGCAAUCUACUCUUUCCUGCGCUGCAUGGAAUCUCACCCAGAUGUCCCCGAUAGCUACAACUGUCUGCAACGGACCAUCAUGUACUGCAUCUUGCUGGGCGGGGACACAGACACGAUUGCAACCAUGGCGGGAGCUAUGGCAGGAGCGUUUUACGGGGAAGAGCAGGUGCCCCCAAGUUGGAAAGAGAGCUGCGAAGCCUAUGAGGAGGCAGAGAAGCUGGCUGAUGCCUUAUGUGAACGCUACCACCAGUCAGCUUGAGCCAUUAAUGAAGAUUGGGCAUCCGGUCACCGGGUCUGCAUUUUGGCAUCAUGUUCCUAAGGAUGAGAAUCGUCUCCACAAUAGUAAAGUUUCUCUUCCUCCCUCAAAAUGCCCAGGCCAGGGGUAAGCAACCUUGGCUCUUUUAUGACUCGUGGAUUUCAACCCCCAGAAUUCCUGAGCCAGCCAUGCUGAGGGGAAAGGGAGAGGUUUCCAAG